CCUGGAUUAGACCCUGCAUAGGCAGAUAAUGUCCUCUGAAGGAACUUUGCAGAGUGUGUGACAUGACUGUAGUGAAACCGCAUGGUAUCCACUCUCCCCUGGAAACCCUACCAAUCAUCUUUAAGUCUUUGCCACAAAAAUGUUAAUAGAAGUGACCUAUUUUCAUACUGGAGAGCUGAGGGUUUUUCUUUUCUAUCUGGCAUCCAAUUUGUAUGUAAGUGAUCACACAGUGUGAGCAAUAACAGAUGAAACCUCAGGGAGGUACCAAACCUCGAGAGAACAUUUGUUUUUUAAUGACUUUCAAAUGAAUUUUUUUUAAAUACUUCUAAAAAACUGCUAUGAGAACUGAGAACAGCAGGCUUCAGAAAUAACAUUUCCAAGAGUGACCUCAAAAAAUGAACACGGAAUGGUGCUUCCUCGUUGCCUAACAAUUUGUAAUGAUUAUAUCCAAUUCCUGAGGACUUGAUUCUAAUCUCGUUUACACCCGUGUCUCUAAGGAGUAACUUCAUUGGUCUCGAUAGAGUUACACCCCUGUGGAACUGGUGCAUGUUGAGGACCCUCUUUGCAACUUCCACCCUUCAAACUUCCUUGGGAUCUCAGAGGUGGAAAUGAGAGGUUCAGAGGAUGUUGCAGCUGGAACAGUUUUACGGCGAUUGAUCCAGGAGCAGCUGAGGUAUGGCAAUCCAAAUGAGAACAUGAAUCUGCUGGCAAUUCAGCACCAGGCCACCGGGAGCGCAGGACCAUCCAACAGCACUACAAGCACACUUUCUUCCACAGAAAACCUCACACAAGAAGACCCACAAAUGCUCCAGCAGUCAGCACGCCAGGAACCUCAGGGGCAAGAACAUCAGGUGGACAAUACUGUGAUGGAGAAACAGUCCAGGGCCACACAGCCUCAUCAGAACAAUGAAGAACUACCAACUUAUGAGGAGGCGAAGGCCCAGUCCCAGUUUUUUAGGGGCCAGCAGCCAGGUGCUGUUGGCCCAAGUUUUUACAUUGCUGGAGUGUCCAGUCAGAAAUCGAGAACGGAAGGGAGACCAACUGUGAAUCGGGCCAACAGUGGGCAGGCUCAUAAAGAUGAAGCACUUAAAGAACUUAAGCAGGGUCAUGUCCGAUCUCUAAGCGAGAGGAUAAUGCAGCUGUCCUUGGAGAGAAAUGGUGCUAAGCAACACCCUCCUACCUCAGGGAGUAACAAAGGCUUCAAAACUGGAGGACCCCCACUCACUCAGCCUUCUGGCAAAGGAAUGGAUCCCAGAGGUCCCCCUCCCGAGUACCCCUACAAAGCCAAGCAGGUGGUGUCACCAGUCAGCAAGACUCAGGAACACGGGUUGUUUUAUAAUGACCAGCACUCGGGGAUGAUGCAGAUUCUCAAACCCUCCUACCCUGCUCCUCUGCCAGCAAGAACGGAAGGAGCAGUUGUCAGAUACCAGCCUCCCCCAGAAUAUGGUGUGACAAGCCGACAAUGUCAACCUGCUUUUCCAUCGGUGCCGGUACAGCAGCACAGUCCAAUGUCCUCCCAGGCCUCCUCCAUUACUGGCCCACUGCACUCAGCAACCUUGCCACCGCUCCCAUCAGCUGUAACUGCCCAGCCUCCACCUGCGACUCCACCAAGCCAGCAGCUCACGCCUGAUGCAUAUGCCAUUGUGGAGCGAGCGCAGCAAAUGGUGGAGAUGCUGUCGGAGGAGAAUCAUGUUCUGCGGCAGGAGCUGGAGGGAUACUAUGAGAAGGCAGACAAACUUCAGAAGUUUGAAAUAGAAAUUCAGAGGAUUUCAGAAGCCUAUGAGGGCCUGGUCAAGACCACCACUAAGAGAGAGUCUCUGGACAAGGCUAUGAGAAACAAGCUUGAAGGAGAAAUUAGGAGACUUCACGAUUUCAACAGGGAUCUCCGUGACCGACUGGAGACUGCCAAUAGGCAGCUAGCCAGCAGAGAAUUUGAUGGGCAUGAAGAUAAGGCAACAGAGGGCUUUUAUGCCUCUCAGAACAAAGAGCACUUGAAGGAGAGGGAGAAGUUGGAAAUGGAAUUGGCAGCCGUGCGGUCUGCCAGUGAGGAUCAGCGAAGACACAUCGAAAUCCUGGACCAGGCACUGAACAAUGCUCAAGCCAAGGUCAUCAAACUGGAAGAGGAGCUGCGUAAGAAGCAGGCCUAUGUCGAGAAAGUGGAGAAGCUGCAGCAGGCUCUGACCCAGCUGCAGGCAGCAUGUGAGAAACGGGAGCAGAUGGAACGGCGAUUGCGCACGCGGCUGGAGCGGGAGCUGGAUUCGCUGAGGAUGCAGCAGAGACAGGGGAACUACCAGGCCGAAAGCCUGCCAGAACACAAUGCCCCGGCACUGAUGGAGCUAGUGCGGGAAAAGGAGGAGAGGAUUCUGGCUCUGGAAGCUGACAUGACCAAGUGGGAGCAGAAGUAUCUAGAGGAGAGCACAAUCAGGCACUUUGCCAUGAAUGCAGCAGCCACAGCUGCAACAGAAAGGGAUACCUCAGUCAUUAACCACUCGCGGAAUGGCAGCUACAACGAGAAUUCCCUGGAGGUUCGAAUAUGGCAGGAAGAGGAGGAGAUUGUUCAAGCCAACCGGAGGUGUCAGGACAUGGAAUACACGAUAAAGAAUCUGCAUGCGAAAAUAAUUGAGAAAGAUGCCAUGAUCAAGGUCCUUCAGCAGCGUUUGCGGAAGGAUGCUGGGAAAACAGACAGCACAAGUUUACGGCCUGCUCGAUCGGUCCCGUCCAUCGCUGCAGCAACGGGUGCGCAUUCCCGCCAGACCUCUCUCACCAGCAAUCAGAUAGCUGAGGAAAAGAAGGAGGAGAAGACCUGGAAAGGGAGCAUAGGGUUGCUGUUAGGGAAGGAUCAUCACGACCAUUCAUCAAUCCCUGCACUGCCUCCCUUACCUCCCUCUUUGUCCUGUGCAGCCUCCUCCUUGCCAGUCAGCGCCUCCCAUGCUAAAACAGGGAGCAAAGACAGCAGCACUCAGACUGACAAAAGCUCUGAGCUUUUCUGGCCAAACACUGCCUCUUUCCCAGGCAGAGGAAGGCUAAGCACCACCCCUUCUAACAGCCCUGCCCUGAGACACACAGGAGCCAAAGGCGCUAGAGAUAAGCUGGAGAACUCCCCCAGCCAUGGGAAGCUGUCGGAUAGCAAAGGCCGAGUAAGCAGUUUGGUCCACAAGCCUGAAUUUCCUGAUGCCGACAUGAUGGAAGUCCUCAUCUGAGGAAAGAGUGAAUUCCUCAGGAUUUUGGGCAGAUACAUUCAAGUCCACGGAGGCCAAUGUUGUGCAAAUCUUAAAAACUAAAUAUACGAGUCUGAAGAAAGUCUGAGAAAGAUUGAGUCUGGAAGGAGCCUAGAGGCUGAGAUGAAUAAGACUUCGAAUUACAGAGGGAAAAGAAAGAGAUAUAAACAUGAAACGAAGGAUGCUGAAAGUGGACAUGAAUGGCUGGAAUAUUCUGACAACAGAAGGUGAUAAAGAAACAUGGAUUCACAAAGAGAUGGUAAAGGAAAUAGGAACUGCAUUUUCUAUUUUAGAGAAAAGGUAUCUUUUACCAUUUACAACAGUGUUCUAUAAUGUUAUUCUAUUUUACUCGCUAGCUACAACCAAGACAGAGACUGAAAUCCUGGCUCUGUUGAAGUCAGUGGGAGUUUGUGAAUUGUCCAGGAGAAGUUUAAACUUUUCUCAAAUUUAGUCAUUCAUAAUUGUUCACCAGAUUAUUUUAGCGAAAAAUUCUUGGUCUGUAGAUUGUGCACGAAGCAGUUUGUUGUAAGUAUUUGUUUCAAGCCAGGUUGGUUUGUUUUGAUUGGAUGUAUAGGUCUUUCCUGAUUGGAUGAGUGCUACUCUUGGGAUCAGGUUUCCAAAGCAAAUACUCAUGUUUUGCAAAUUCAAAAUUUGCUCAAAAUUCACUGUUGCCAUGAGCAUUUCUUUGCUAGAAUUUGAAUAGACGAUGCAUGUAAAAGGGGCAUAAACCCUGUGAAAGCAAUUUCUUUUACAAUUUUGGUAACUAUUCAGGGGAAAAUGUUGAGCGUAUUCCCUCAGCUCUAAUACAUAAAACACACACACAAAGCUGUGUAAGCAGCAGAUUGUACAUACAUUCAAGUGCUAACAGUUAUUACUCAUGAGGGCUUGGAGACAAUGGGCAUUCAGGAUGCUCAGCACCUCACAGGGAACAACAUGGUGCCGCUGUAGAUGUAUCCUCUGGCUUAUUAAAAUAAUCGUAUAGUAUUCUGCAGUAUCUGUCCAAACUGCUUCAGCAUUGUCAGUGGGGCAAAUCCUACCCACCCGUUGUUACUGCGGGUGAAUUUGAGCAUGUAAUGGCAGGCAGGGUUUCAGGCCAGGGUUACUACAGUGUUUGGGGCCAAUUACUGUAGAGGUUUGAGCGGAAUGUGGAGAUCAUUGACUGAUUUCAGCCUAGUUCAUCCAGGUUUACGACUUGCAAUUGAGAUCAGAAUCAGGCCCUUGGGUGUAUAUUAAAUAAUAACAAUAAAUUAGUCAAUACACUUAGGAUGAGAAAUAAUAAACGUCCUCACUUAAAAAUGGAUUUCCACUGCACGUGGCACUGCAGGAGUUAAUUCACACAACUGCAUAGCAUGGGUCAGUUUGUUGGUAAGAUUUCUACAGCACUUCAUAGCUGCCUGUCUGGGAUGUUUACAUUCAUUUUAAAAUACAGCCUAGUUGUGUAAAUGAGAAAGGAUGUUUCUGAACAGGCACAGAAAUUCUCCUAAUCCUUUUUUCCGUAUCUUAAAGCAGGGGUUCACAAACUGGGAGUUGAGACCCCUCAGGGGGUCACAAGGUUUGUACCUGGGGGGGGUUGCGAGCUGUCAGCCUCCACCCCAAACCCUGCUUUGCCUCCAAGCAUUUAUAAUGGUGUUAAAUACAUUAAAAGUGUUUUUAAUUUAUAGAGGGGGUUGCACUCAGAGGCUUGCUAUGUGAAAGGGGUCACCAGUACAAAAGUUUGAGAACCACUGUCUUAAAGGGACCAGCCCUUAUAUAAGUAGCCAUUCCUCACACGAGUCGAGGUUACAGGACGGGGCUCAAAUUUUGAUUAUGACACAUGUGCAUGUGUGUUGAGAGAUGGAAGAUUUAACAUUUCUAAGUUCACCAGGUUAGGGUCCCUGAGGGAUAUUUUGGUGGUGAGUUUGUAUAUUUACACAUGCAUAACCAUUGCUGUCUAAAUGAUCAUUCCUUAGAAGUGACAUUCACCCCCCAUGCAGAGGAGCCUGCACAAGACCUGUGCCCCACUUAAACCCUCCCACUAAGGCUUAAAUGGGAUGAAAGUGGUACCUGUCCUGGCUCUCUGCACAGGGGUGAAUUUCAUCCUUCAUGAUUCAGCCAGAAUUUGGUCAAAUCAAAACAUGUUUUCGUGGAACAGGACCAUGUCUGCAGAGUUCCUCAACAGGAGCUAUUGGUGCUGGAAUUCACCUUUUCAUCACUUUGGUUGUGGGGCUGUUCUAAGAAAGGUCACAAGAAUUCUUUUUUUUCCCCACUCAAAUACUGCUGGAGAUUUGUUCAAACUAAAAAAUAAAUGGCUUCUGGACAGAGCCCAAGUUUUGAAAAUGUCUCCCCAAAGUCUAAUAACUGGGAGCCUAGAGACUCCCCAUGCGCUAAACUUGGCUCAGCCAUUGUCUCGCUGUGUGUCCUUGGGCAAGUCAGUCAAUCUCUCUGGGCCUGAUUCAUCGCUGUGCUACUCCAGUUUUACACCAGCGUCACUGACCUAAAAUGGGAGGAGCGCAGUGUAGCAUCAGGCCUUGUGUGUUUGAGCGACCCCAGCUGUAAAACGGGGAUAGGAAUCCUUUCCUUCCUACCAGGGCUGUGGAGAAGGUUGGUGUUUGUGCAGUGCUUCGAUGAUGCAAAGCGCUAUAUAAAUAAGUGCUUAGUGUUAUUAACCCAAAAAAAUCUCCCCAGGAGAAACCAGCCCCCCCGGGCCUGAUCCUACAUUCCUUGUUCACCCAGGACUCCCUCAAGUUAAUGGGAUUUGAGGCACUUCAGGAAUGCAGAACUUGGCUCCAAGAGUUUAACUGCAUCAUUGUUAAUCAUUUGGUUGUUUACUGCUGCGCUGCCAUCUCUCUUCUCCACUUGUUUUCUCCCAAGAUGAAACAUUCCUCAUUUUAAAAUGUACCUUUCAUUGGUGUAAGGUGUGGCGGUAAUUACGGGGGGACACCUCAUCAUGAAACCUAACACUCCCACACAACUUUGCUUCUUUUAUUCCAAAUGCUGGUGAGUAGUUGUUGCUCCUCAUCAUUUUUAAAAAAAAUAAUCUUUCCAAAUCUUUGGAUUCUCUUUUCCUACUGAAGUUAGGAAUUAAUACGGGGUGAGGGUGAUUUUGCAGUACUGGUGGUCAAAGAUUCAAAGUGUGCCCAGGCACCUCUUCCGCCUCGCAGGCCUCAGCACUUGCUCCUCUGCUGGUGGAGGCAGGCCUGGAGUCAAUCAGCCCCACUCCAGACAGUGUUUAUUUUCCCACUAGAGGAUUACUUGUCAAUAUUUUCCAGCUAGGCUUCAGGGGAGGCCCAAAGAGUUCUCCGCCAAACCAAAGGACACAAAUUCACAACACAGAAAAGGGGAAUACAUUUUCCUACCCUCUUUCUGGGGUUGGGUGGCCUUGGUGGCCCUGGGGUGCCAGUUCAUCCCCUAAACAGGCAGUCAGUUAGGUAGCUUCCCCUGUAGCGAAGCGAGCAGCCUUCCACCAUGGAGGAGUCCUUUCUCCCUGCUGCCACGAGCCUUGCAGCAGCUAGUCUCUCCCCCUCCUCGCUCACCAGCGGAGGGGUUUUUAAAGGUUUCAGGCAGCCCUUAACUGGACUCACGUAUCCCUAGUGGACCUGAGGUAACCCCUUUCCAGCUUAUAGGGAAAAGGGCUCAUCUACCUGCCUUCCACCACUCUCUUCCAGCUGUCCAGCCGGACUUUGUCACCAAAGUCACCUGUUUAGAUGCAUUCAUGUGUUCAGGGAUGGCCCCAGGUCAUGUGGGGAACCCUCUUGCAAACACUUACAUUGAGCUCUUCCUACCAGCCACGAGAUUCUGGAGACUGCAAACCACUUUCAAGUCUGCUUCCACUGAAAACUUGUUUCAGAGUGGUAGCCGUGUUAGUCUGUAUCAGCAAAAACGAUGAGGAGUAUUUGGGCAUAAGCUUUCGUGGGCUAAAACCCACUUCAUCAGAUACAUGGAGUGGAACACACAGUAGGGAGGUAUAAAUACACAGCAUAUGAAAAGAUGGGAGUUGCCUUACCAACUGAAAACUUGUGCUCUGAAGGCCUGCAGGUGCCAAAAGCCAGCCAUGUGUCUGAUACACAUGGAGUAGUGCAUAGCAAAGCGAUACUUUUUUUUAUACUAAACAACUUUGUUACAUCUAUGCACUUAUAUUUCUCUAUACAUAUAAAUAUUCAUAUGUCAGCAUCUCCCUCUCUCUAAUUUUUGCACUUGUUAAACCAAGAAAUAGGGUAUGUUUUUAAGUAUUAGCAGCUUUGCCUUGCAAAGCAAAUGCAUAAACCCUUUGGAAGAUGUUACGCAGUUUGAUAUGCAUUGUAACAAUAAUUCUUUUUCCUCACUUUGUUAAUUUAAAUGUUUUAAGAGCAUAUGCAUUCGACAUAUGGCCUCUAUCUGUCCCCCAUACGGUCUUGAUCUUACAACCUUGAUUCACAUCAGUAGUCCUUACUCAAGUGAACAGGUGUGGCAAGAUUGCACCCUUAAUCAGGCAUGGAUCAGCAGAGACAAGGGAGUAAAAAUAAAACUACUAGUGAUAAAUAUUUCCCCAAAUGGACCUUGGACCUUUUCCAAGGAAUAAGGAUGCACAAAAGCUUUGUAGUCCUUUUGUUUGCUCAGUAUUUUAUUGCUAGCUAUACUAUUUCCUUUCAGGCAGAACUAUUUAAUAAAUGCUGUACAUAUAUACAACUAGUCAUUCAGAAAAAAUAGUGUUCUAUUAAUGUGCAUGAUGGUAUUGUUUUCACACAAUUAUAUCUGCUAGCGGUAUAACCUUGCUUCUUUUGGUCACUUAGAGUACAGCUCUCCCUCUCUCUUUAUAUAUAUUUCCAGCAUUUCUUUAAGCAUCAAUCUCUCCCGUUUCAAUACCCAAAGGUGUGUUUACAAUUGAUGCUGCCCAGGAUUGUAGUCACCUACAGAAAACUAUUUAUUUAGAUAGCUUUUGAAUUCACAGCUGAAAUAAACGUAGAGGGUAAUUCUUCCUGGUUUUGUUGAGCUUGUGACAUUUUUCUUUUCAUGCAAAGGAAGGCAGUGGAUCUCUACCCAAAGUUAGAGCAUUAGUGGCAAUAUGUGUAAAGUACUACUGUUAGUAAAUCAGUUCACCUAGCCUCAGCAAACCAGUGUAACUGCAUUUCUACUGUUCUUCCCAACUGCUUGAUUUGUAUUGUGCUUUGUGAAAUUGUGCUGUAGCCAUUCCAGGUGAUGUUGGUAACUGAUUGUAAAAUAUUGUCAUUUUCUACUGUUGUUGGUUGUAUAGAAUGGUUGGUGUACAGUGUUGUACAGCUGGAGGGGUGUUUGUACAUAUGUGGGGAAAUGAAGAACAUUAUGUGUCACUCGCGGCAAAUAUUGAUAUUGUUGGUCAGCCAAAGAUUUUCCUAUUCUUUGCUGCUUAAACUUGUGCCUUAAUAUUGUAUAUAAUAAAUGUAUAAAAUGUUUCCUUC